GUUGAUUGGUUUUAAAUGAUGUCAGUCCUGACAAGACAGAUUUUGCAGCUGUGUUCUAGAUGUCAUGCUCCCAUUAUUACAUCAGUAAAAUUCAUUCAUGAGUUUGACCGCAAAGGGGGAUAUAACCACAGGAUUGAACGUCCGGUCAAGGAGCGGAUAAAAGAGGGUUAUGAAAUUUUUAAAAAAGACAUCAAGGUUUUUGGUGAAGAAAUGAAAGACAAAUGGAGAGAAGAUAGAAUGCUUAUAGCAAAUCAUAAUGAUUAUGAAUAUUUUUGGAAAUUUGAUGGUGCUAAAACUUUAGAACCCUGGGUAGUUACAGCUGACAGAGACAAUUUAGAAGGCUUUAGUAAGGCUGAAAUGGCCCUUAGUAAGAAUAACAAGGCCUUAUUUCAUGGAUAUUUAUCUCAAAGACUUCCUAAAGAUGGCAUCCUUACAAGUACUGGAUAUGCUAAUAUGAGGUCACCUCUCAAAACGAGAUCAUUUCAAAGACAAGAAUCGUAUGAUUGGAGUAUGUUUACUCAUCUGAUAUUACGAGUGAGGGGAGAUGGACGACCAUAUCAGUUGUGUAUAUUAAUGCAUAGAUAUUUUGAUGUUCAAUGGUUUGACAUGUACAAUUACACAUUGUUUACAAGAGGAGGCCCUUACUGGCAGAUAGCUAAAGUAAGUUCAAACACAUUGUUUACAAGAGGAGGUCCUUACUGGCAGAUAGCUAAAAUUCCUUUCUCAAAGUUUUUCUUGUCGCAUAAAGGUAGAAUAUUAGAUGAACAGAGGAAAAUUGACUUAGAUAAUGUACGUAAUUUUGGAUUGACUCUUGCGGAUAGUGUUGAAGGACCGUUUCAGUUAGAAGUGGAUUAUAUUGGAUUGAUCAACGAUGAGACUCACGUAGAAGAGUUUGCUUAUGAAAUGUAUCGUCAUGAAUUUAUUACAUUGUGAUUAAAUUUUAUUUAUCUGUAAUCAAAGUUUUACAUUCAAAGUUUUAAGGAUCUAUUUAAUUGAUAGGCAGACAUUUUUUGUAAAUUCUGCAUCAUGUACAAAACUUCUGUUUUGGUCUGUAUAUUUCGUUAUAAAAGGUACCAGUACCUAUGAAUAUGCUACAAUCCCAACAUGUUGGCUGACUUAAAAAAAAAUAACUCUUGUCACACAAAAACAAAACAUAUCAUACACACUUAAAUCAGUAUCAUAAUUUUUGUCGAGCCUGCGACUUUUGUCGCAGAAAGCUCGACAUAGGGAUAGUGAUCCGGCGGUAGCUGCUACGGGGGCUACGGCAGCAGCGUUAGCUAACUUCUUAAAAGCUUUAUAUUUUAGAAGGUGGAAGACCUGGAUGCUUCAUACUUUGUAUAUAGAUGCCUUAUGUUACAAAGUUUCCAUCUGUCACAUGUCAAUUGUCCUUGACCUCAUUUUCAUGAUUCAGUGACUACUUGAAAAAAAAGUUAAGAUUUUUUGUAAUGUUAAUUUCUCUCUUAUUAUGAGUAAUAGGAUAACUAUAUGUUAUGUGCAUACCUUGCAAGGUCCUCAUGCCCGUCAGACAGUUUUCACUUGACCUCGACCUCGUUUCAUGGAUCAGUGAACAAGGUUAAGUUUUGGGGGUCAAGUCCAUAUCUCAGAUACUAGAAGCAAUAAGUCUAGCAUAUUUGGUGUAUGGAAGGACUGUAAGGUGUACAUGUCCAAUUGGCAGGUGUCAUCUGACCUUGACCUCAUUUUCAUGGUUCAGUGGUUAUAGUUAAGUUUUUGUGUUUUGGUCUGUUUUUCCUAUACUGUAUGCAAUAGGUCUGAUAUAUUUGGUGUAUGGAAUGAUUGUAUGGUGUACAUGUCUAGCUGGCAGGUGUCUUCUGACCUUGACCUCAUUUUCAUGGUUCAGUGGUCAAAGUUAAGUUUUUGAGUUUUGGUCUUUUUUUCUAAUACUAUAUGCAAUAGGUCAACUAUAUUUGGUGUAUGGAAAUAUUUUAUGAUGUACAUGUCAGUCUUACAGGUUUUAUUUGACCUUGACCUCAUUGCUCAGUAUUAAGUUUUUGUGUUUUGGUCUGAUUUUCAUGGUUCAUUGGUCAAUGUUUAGUUUUCUUAGUUAGUCUGUAUCUUAGAAACUAUAAGCAAUAGGUCAACUAUAUUUGGUGUAUUGAAUGAUUGUAAGGUGUACAUGUAUUUCUUGUAUGGUUUAUAUGACCUUGACCUCAUUUUCUUGGAUCAUGUUAAGUUUAUGUGAUACUUGUAGUAAAGCUUUAUAUUUAGGACUAUCAACAUAAUAUCAAUGAUUAGUAAAGAAGGCGAGACAUUUCAGCGUGUGCACUCUUGUUAAUAUUAAAGACCAUAUGUUGACAUUGGUUGUCCUGUUGUUGGUGUUCUGUCAGAUGAGCAGUAUAUUUUUAUGUUGGUGUGGUUCAAAUAGACAGUCAGUAUUAAAUUAAAUUAUGAAUAAUGUUG